UUAGUGUUUGGCUGUUAAUUUUUGACAAAAAUGAGCAAUAUUUACAUCCAGGAGCCGCCCACAUCGGGAAAAGUCCUUCUGAAGACCACUGUGGGCGACAUAGACAUAGAGCUGUGGGCGCGAGAGUGUCCGAAAGCCUGCCGAAACUUCAUCCAACUCUGCUUAGAGGGAUACUACAAGAACACCGAGUUCCACCGGCUGGUUAAGGGCUUCAUUGCCCAAGGCGGAGAUCCAAAUGGCGAUGGCACCGGCGGCGAGUCCAUCUACGGGCAGCCCUUCAAGGACGAGUUCCACUCCCGCCUGCGCUACACGCGUCGUGGCCUCGUUGGAAUGGCCAAUUCUGGGAAGGAUGACAACGCCUCGCAGUUCUUCUUCACAUUUGCACCCACGCCGGAGUUGCAGAACAAGAAUACGCUGUUUGGGAAGAUCACCGGCGACACCAUCUACAACAUGCUCAAGCUGGAGGAGGGCAUCGUUGAUCACCAGGAGCGGCCAAUGCACGCGCAUCGCAUCGUUUCCACAGAGGUGCUCUCGAAUCCGUUCGAUGACAUUAUACCUCGCACUUUGGCCAAGCCGUCCUCCAAGAGCAAAAAGAGCAAGAAGGAACGGCAAGGAGUCAAGAACUUCGGCCUGCUUUCCUUUGGCGAAGAAGCCGAGGGCGAUGAGGAGGAGACCAACGUUUAUGUAAAAAAGAACGCCGGUAAAGCGAAAUCCCUGCACGACGUCACGGACGAUCCUAAACUAAGCAAGGAACCCAUCCGCGUACCAACAGUAGAAAGGACCGAAGUCGAGGAAGCCUUGACCGACGAUUGCCCGGAGGACAGUGUCAACGAUAAACCUUCCACUGCCAGCUCAGAUCUUAUUAAAAUGAAGCUGUCCAAGAGUUCAAAGAGUCGGCCAGAUAAGAAAUCUAAGCCGGUUGAGGUAAAGACUGAUUCUGAGGAUGAAGAGGAUGUUCUGUUAACACGCGAGCAAGAACAAAGUCGGAAAGUCUCAGAGGAAAAAUCGAAGAUCCGUGAAGAAAUUGCUUCUCUUAAGAAGCAAUAUCAAAUGGAUAAGCAGAGCAAAGAUAAACUAGUUUCGAAUGGGCAAGAAAAAGAAGCAAAAUCGUCUGAGAUCAAGGGGUCCAGCGAAAACCAUUACAUUAAUGAUUUUAUUGAGUCCAAGGAGAAGUACACUGCAAAAACAAAACUGCAACCAAAAGGACAGUCAAGGGAGGCAUUUACACUUAGCCUUCUCUCAAAGUUCCGAACCAAAUUGGACAACUUGAAGCAAAAGUCAAGUUCGGAUGAUUGCGAACCUGAACCCAGGGACUUGGACGACCGUUCAGUGGAACAGGAAAUAAUCGGCGACGACUGGCUGUCGCACACCUUAAACUUCAACAGUACGGCUCCCGUUUUGGCUAAGGAUGCCAAUAAAAAGGGAGACGACUGGUACGACGCCUACGACCCACGAAAUCCUCUGAACAAACGCAAGCGAGGUGAAACUGGUUCUAGUGCCGGAAAAUCGAAAUCCACUAAACGUGAUUUGUAAGCAAAUGAAAAAAAAAUAAAAAUGU